AUGUCGUUAAGAAGUCCCACUCUGGCGGGUAGAGUCCUGGCCAUAAUGCUCUUGCUGAUACUGACGGGUAUUCAGGCGCGGCGCCUUGGCCAUCGGCGCCUCAUAAUCCACGUGCCGGUCAAGGUAAAGACGCACCAUCACACCCACACUGUCUACAAGGUGCUCCACGGAUCGCAUGGCGGCGGUGGAGGAGGAGGUGUGAAGCAAACUGUAUACAAAGUGCUUGGCUUUUCCACACACGGAGGCGGUAUAGCCAAAGGAGGCGGAGGAGGAGGUGGUGGCCAUGGCGGAGGUGGCGGCCACGGGAGCUACGACUUGGGAGGAAUGGGCCACGGCGAAAUCACGUACGAGGACAUGCACGGAUGCGAGAGCGGCAAGGUGAUGCCGGCGGCCAGGGACAUGAUUUUCAAUCACUACUCGCGGAACGGCGAGGGAACUGAAGCUGCCGAGGAUUAUGCCGAAGAGUUGGACGACUUUGUAGACCUAAGGGAUGGCUGGUUGUGAAUAAAGAGACGUGUGCGAAAUCACCACCGAUUAAUUAUAAAAUUCCAGGCACCAGUGAUCCCCACUCCACAUUUGCACUACGGAAUUGUUGACGA